CGUCCCAGACACUACAGUGAAGCCCGGUCCCUUGCCCUGGCCGGGGCGGAGGCGCUCCCCAGUGCAGGCACUUGGGCGCGCCCAGCCCCCGCCCUGCCCGGCCGCGGGCUGCAGAAGCCAGUUCUGGGUGGGGCCCUGCGGAGGUGACAGACUCCUCCUCCCGAGCUCCUCCCCUCCCCCUCGGGCCCUCCUGCGCUAACUGUGGUCCUCCCGGGCCCCAGCGCCUGCUCCCAGCCAUGGUGGCCUGGCGCUCGGCCUUCCUCGUCGGCCUCGCUUUCUCCUUGGCCACCCUGGUCCAGAGAGCAUAUGGGGACUUUGAUUUUAAUCUGGAGGAUGCACUGAAAGAAACUUCCUCAGUAAAGCAGAGAUGGGACCACUUUAGCACCACAACCAGGAGGCCAGGAACAACUAGAGCUCCAGCAAAUCCUGCAGGCAAUUUUGACUUGACUGAUGCUUUGGGUGAUCGAGAUGAUGGCCACCGGAAACCGGGUACAGGAGGAGGAGGGAGUGAUUUUGACUUGACUGAUGCUUUGGGUGAUCGAGAUGAUGGCCGCCGGAAACCAGGGACAGGAGGAGGACAGAGAUGGGACCAUGUCACCACUACCACAACUAGAAGGCCAGGUACAACUAGAGCACCAGCAAAUCCUAUGGAUGAUUUUAACUUGGCUGAUGCCUUGGAUGAUCAAAAUGAUCGAGAUGAUGGCCGCAGAAAACCAAAUGCAGGAGGAGGUGGAGGUUUCUCAGACAAGGAUCUUGAAGAUAUAGUAGGAGGUGGGGGAUACAGGCCUGAUAAGAAUAAAGGUGAUGGCGGUUAUGGCAGCAGUGAUGACCCUGGAUCUGGCAUGUCGGCAGAAACUGGCACCAUCGCCGGUGUGGCCAGUGCCCUGGCCAUGGCUCUGAUCGGCGCUGUAUCCAGCUACAUCUCCUACCAGCAGAAGAAGUUCUGCUUCAGUAUUCAACAGGGUCUCAAUGCAGAGUAUGUGAAGGGGGAGAACCUGGAAGCUGUUGUGUGUGAAGAACCCCAAGUGAAAUAUUCAACACAAGAAAUACAGUCUGCAGAGCCACCACCAUUGGAGCCGCCCCGGAUCUGAGGCUGUUCAGUAGCAGGUGCACAUGAAAGGCAACCUGGACACCCAUUGCCAGUGUGUGCCUGUGGGCCCUGAGGUGUCUUCAGCUUCCCGUUUGGUCCCAGACAGCGUCUGUGGAUCUGAAAGGGAGCCUGGAGCACUGGGGAAACGGCACUGGAAGGAAGAAAUGUGGCCUCAGGAAGCUCCACUCGUUCUGCAGGAAGUUAACUAGCGAAGGAAGUGUUGCCUACAAGAUGUGUCCUGUUUCCAGGACCUCCUAGCCUGCUGCCCGGAUUGCUGUCAAUUUUGCCAAGAUUGUGUCUCUGCGACAAGGACAUCAAGGGAUGAUGGCGCUACCCCCUGGCCAGUGCGAAGAUAGAGGUGGCUUAAGCGGGGAUUUUAGUAUCUGUGGCCUGUUGACAUGUAGAUAAGGUCAUUUCUGGGGGGCUGUCCACUUCACCUCUAUGGUGAGGCCUAUCUGAUGGCAAAGCCCUUGAAGCCCACAGCCAUGAUGUAAAAUAAACGCUCUCGUGUGAAACUUUUAUGAGUAGCACUGGCUCCAGUGACAAGAGCUCUACUCUGCUCUCCCUUAGCUACCUCGGUGCCUUCUGCAUAAAGCCCUUCUGCAUAAAACGCAUCACUCAGCCCGCAGGCGCUAGCUCCGAGUGGCUGGACAGGCCUAGGCGGGCCAUCGGCCUCCUGUUCACACAGUCUCAUCCCAGGGGCCGGGCUCCUCCUUCCCGCUGGCGUUUAACACUUGUUGGGGCAUUGUGGUCUGCGUAAGUUUUGGGGCUGUCCUUGUAACUCUGCCCCCUUGAAGGCUCCUGAGUUGGCCGGCUUGGGCCAGUCCCAGGUGAUAGAGGGGAGAAAGGGAAUGAAGUAGAAGAGUCAGUUGCCAAGAUUGGAACUCUAUCUUGGCAGGAAGAACUUCUAAAAAGCUCAGCAUUCACUGGUGGCUUAGUGUAGGGGUGACCCUCUGGUGGGGGACAGGCCCACUGCCUCAGCCACUUGGGUUGUGGUUAUUACUAGUUCUCUGGAGACUGCCAGAAUCCCUGUACAUCGUUUUACAUGCUUGUGUCCAAGUGUGAAUUGUAAAUGGUCUAGUAUUUGCAUUAAAAAUGGAACCUAACAGA